UAGGAGAAGGUGGUUGAGGAGAAACGAAACUCGCGGCUGUAUAGAGAGGGAGAGAAGGGGAGCGCGAUCUCCUUCUUCCCAUCCUUUCUCUCUCCAUGUUCUCACCUCUCGAGGAUUGAGAGAACUAUUCGCAUUGGAUUGAUAGAUAGAGGGAUAUAUAGGGGGGGAGAAGAGGAAAUGGGAACAUGGAGGAGGGCUUAUGGCGCCCUUAAGGAUUCUACAAUGGUUGGCCUGGCAAAAGUCAGUAGUGAAUUUAAGGAAGUGGAUAUUGCCAUUGUGAAGGCGACGAAUCACGAAGAAUGCCCACCAAAGGAAAGACACGUUAGAAAAAUAUUUAUAGCUACAUCUGUUGCUCGACCACGGGCUGACAUUGCCUAUUGCAUAUAUGCACUUGCAAAGAGGCUAGCAAAGACACGAAAUUGGGUGGUUGCAGUUAAAACAUUGAUAGUGAUUCACAGAAUUUUGCGAGAAGGUGAUCCUACAUUUAAAGAGGAGCUCUUGAACUAUUCGCACAAGGGACAAAUUUUACAAAUUUCCAAUUUCAAGGAUGACUCGAGUCCUUUUGCUUGGGAUUGCUCUGCAUGGGUUCGUACAUAUGCACUCUUUUUAGAAGAAAGACUUGAAUGCUUUGGAGUUUUAAAAUAUGACAUCGAGGCAGAGCGUUUGAUGAAAAAUGCACAAGGUUCUGCCAAGGGACAUACUAGAACUAGAACUUUAUCUUGUCCAGAUCUGCUAGAGCAAAUGCCCGCCUUACAACAGCUAUUGCAUCGGCUUGUAGGAUGCCAGCCAGAAGGAUCAGCAUCUGGAAACAAUCUUAUACAAUAUGCAUUGGCAUUGGUUAUAAAGGAGAGUUUCAAAAUUUAUUGUGCAGUUAAUGACGGGAUCAUCAAUCUUGUUGAUAUGUUCUUUGAGAUGCCAAAAUAUGAUGCCAUUAAAGCGCUAGAGGUAUAUAAAAGAGCUGGUAAACAGGCAGAAAAUCUUUCUGAUUUCUAUGACUUGUGUAAACAUUUGGAACUCGCUAGAAAUUUUCAGUUUCCGACUCUAAGACAGCCACCUCCAUCAUUCCAAGCUACAAUGGAAGAGUACAUACGUGAAGAUCCAUGUAUGAGCAACAUUUCAACUAAGAAUUUGGAGCAUCAAGAGACAAACCUCUUAACCUACGAAAAAGAAGAACAUGCGGAUACAACAGAGAAUACAGAGCUUUCAGUAGAUGAGGUAAAAGAACUUGUUGAGGCUGUAGAACCAUUAGAAAGAAUCACUGAGGUCGAACCCCCCUUGGAGAUUACAACAGAUCUUCUGGGUAUUGAAGAGAUAAGAUCCAUUGCUUCAGACAUUGAGCAGAAAAAUGCAUUGGCUCUUUCAAUCAUCCAGCCAGAGGAAGGAUUAAGGACAGCAACACUUAAAGAUUUACUCAGUAGCGGCUCAGGAUGGGAGUUAGCACUGGUGUCCACCCCGAGUAACAAUAUCAGCAAUGUUGUGGAAAGCAAACUGGCAGGAGGUUUUGAUAAGCUGUUACUAGAUAGCUUGUAUGAUGAUGCAUCAAGAAGACAACAAAUUGCUGGAGACAACUCCAUUGGUUGUUCGAAUGUCAAUUCGUUCGAGCCGAGUAAUCCAUUCACUAUGCCGAGCGGCCUUACACCUCCUACCGAUGUUCAAAUGACGCUAAUGACACAACAACUACAACAACAACAACAACAAUAUUAUCAUCACCAUCACUACCACCACCAACAACAACUGUAUUAUCAGCAGCAACAAAUGUCUCAGCGCUACCAACAACAACAAAUGAUGAUGAUGGUGCCAUAUGGCUAUCAAACGGAGAAUCAUCACUUGCAAGCAGGUCAAACAAAUCCUUUUGCUGUUCCAUUCACCGAGUACUCACAAAAUGCUCCAUCACAAGGCAAUUCAAGUUUGAUUUGAGUGAACUGAUUUCUUCCCCUCAUUAUACAUACAUUUCCAGUCUUAUUUGGAAACUAUUUGUGAACAUUCUGGUCUGUCUAACUUAGUUUUAUUUGUUCAUGGAGAGGAUACCAAUUUCACACUGAUGUUGCUUGUAUAAUGAAAGCUAGAUGUAUAUUGCAUUUUAAUUUUCUUGGUGAUUUGCACUGCAGCAGAUGUAUAAAAUAAAAAUAAAAAUUAUUGGGAUGUGAUCCAAAAAGCUUGAUCUGACAUUCUA